AUGCCCCCGUCACCCGCCCCCAUCACCCGUCGCGGGUCCAAAUUUCCCCCAGACCCGGCACCCGUGUGGGUGACGGUAUGUUUGGAUGGAACAUUACCGGGCUAUCACUUUCAUCGCGGGUUCGGGACAGGCGCUAACAGUUGGCUCAUCCAGUUAGAGGGUGGAGGAUGGUGCAACAGUCUCAGGUCAUGUAUUUACCGUAAAACGACACGUCGUGGCUCGUCAACACACUUUGAGAAAAUAAUUCCAUUCACAGGGUUACUUAGCAACAAGGCUGAAGAGAAUCCAGCAGAUUUUUUCAACUGGAAUAGAGUAAAGGUUCGCUACUGUGAUGGUGCUUCCUUUGCUGGGGAUGGCGACAACGAGGUCCGUUUGCAUUUUAGAGGACACCGCAUAUUUCGAGCUGCAAUGGAUGAACUGAUGUCAAAAGGAAUGCGCUAUGCCGACCAAGCACUUCUUUCCGGUUGCUCGGCUGGUGGCCUAGCUUCUAUUUUGCACUGUGACGAAUUUCGAGGAUUAUUUCCCGCGACUACAAAAGUGAAGUGCCUGAGCGAUGCUGGAUUAUUUCUUGACGCUGUUGAUGUAUCUGGUGGACACUCUCUGAGGACCUUCUUUAAUGGUGUAGUUACUUUACAGAAUGUUCAGAAGACCCUGCCGAGCUUUUGUACCAACAAACUCUACCCAACCUCUUGUUUCUUCCCUCAGAACUUAAUUGCCAACAUCAAGACCCCUUUGUUCAUCUUGAAUGCUGCCUAUGAUUCGUGGCAGGUGCAAGAAAGCAUAGCUCCUCCAUUGGCUGACCCAAAGGGCGAGUGGCGUGCUUGCAAAUUGAACAAUGCGCACUGUUCUCCAUCACAGAUCCAAUUCCUUCAAGGUUUUAGGUAUCACAUGUUGAACGCAGUUAAGGGCUUUGCCUACUCCAAACAAAACGGGUUAUUUUUAAAUUCUUGCUUUGCUCAUUGCCAAUCCGAGAGACAGGACACAUGGUUUGCCGACAAUUCUCCUGUUAUUAACAACAAGCCGAUUGCGAUUGCGGUUGGGGAUUGGUAUUUCGAUCGAGCAAGCGUCAAGGCAAUCGACUGUGCGUAUCCGUGUGACAACACAUGCCACAAUCUGGUGUUCAAAUUUGUGCACAGAAAUCCUCUCCGCCCACAAUUGGGACCUCGAACUGGCUACCGCCACCGAAACGGAACCUCCUCUUCUUCACCCUCGUCAGCUACCGCCACCGCCGCAGCUGCUCCUUCUCGGACGAAUCAGGAGCCGGAAGACGUUGGCCUUGUCUUGGCCCCUAACGGCAUCAACAAUCAGCCCCCGGGUCUCGCUUGGGAAAUCAUCACCCUCCCUUUCUCCAUCGUCUCCGCUAGCCUAGGGUUGACUUCCGGCGCAAUUGGGUUGGGCGUGUGGGCCGCGAGCGGCGUCCUGUCAUAUUCUCUGGGCAUGGUUGGGCUGAAUGGCUCUUCACGGGUCGGGACGAGCCCUCUGGUGCAGGUGUCCCAGUCGGCCUCCGAGGCAAUGGAUUUUGUGUCGGGUUUCGAGAGGGAUUAUGGAAGGAUGAUGCCUAAUUUCGUGGCCGAGGGUUUCAUGGACGCAUUGCAGAGGUCCCGGCACGAGUACAAGCUGCUUUUUGUGUACUUGCACUCGCCCGAGCAUCCGGAUACCCCACUCUUUUGCCAGGGGACUCUUUGCAAUGAGAUGCUGACAGCGUUCUUGAAUGAGAAUUUCGUGGCGUGGGGAGGGAGUGUGAAGGCUAUUGAAGGGUUCAAGAUGAGUAAUAGUCUGAAAGCUUCCAGGUUCCCAUUCUGCGCUGUUGUUAUGGCACCAACCAACCAGAGGAUCGCAUUGCUGCAGCAGGUGAAAUGCUAA